GGAUCCCGUCCGCUCUCCCCUCCCCAGUCCCCACGAUGGUGCGGCGGCGUGACUCGCGGCGGCGUCCGCUCUCCGCACGACGGCGUGGCAGCGCUAGAGCGGCGGGAAUCGGACACGAGAGGGACACGGCGCUUUCCCCUGCACCAUCCAUCUCCUCCGUUCGCUUUCACGCCGGUCAUAUUUCUCUUUCAAUCAAGGUUCCUGUUGCAGCUGGUUACCUGUGGAGCGAAGGAACCAACCACUGCUUAUUCUCUCUUAGAGAGGCAAGGUCAUCUAAACAGGCCCGUAAUCAAAGAUAUGCCUUGAGAUGUAGUUCCAACUGGACAGUACAGUGCUGCAACUCUGUCGCCAUGCACUUUGAACAAUUUCUGCUUGCUUGCAUAUUGUUUUUAUGUACUUUAGUAUGUAUGGCUAGAGAAUGGAGUGGAAACCUCAGUACAUGUUAUCAUGUUCUGCUGAAUCUCAGUAGUUAGUACACUAGUGCUUUGAACGAUUGUUACUGUAACAUGUUCCUAGUGCUCGUAGCUGAUUGUCCUUCAGUUCAGUCAGUUUAAUUUGCUACUGUCUGAUGUACUGAACCUGCUUGUAUCUAAAUUUUCAGUCAGUUUCAUU